UGCUCUGGUGUGGGAUUAAAUUGUGCGCACACUACGCCACCUGAGCAGUGACAGGAAAUCAGAAGCCUCUCGCUGGUGACAGUCCCCCACAGUCCUUAAGAAACUGCAGACAGCCGCAAUGAAGCUUCUAGCCUCUCCCCUCCUUCUGCUGCUGACAGCGAUGCUCAUGGCCAUGGUCUCCAGCAGCCCGAAUCAAGGGGUCGCCAGACACCAUGGGGAUCAACACCGGGCUCCUAGGAGGUGGCUCUGGGAAGGUGGCCAAGAGUGUGACUGCAAAGAUUGGUCCCUGCGACUCUCAAAGAGAAAAACCACAGCAGUGCUGGAGCCACCCAGGAAGCAGUGUCCCUGUGAUCAUGUCAAGGGCAGUGAGAAAAAGAACAGACGCCAAAAGCACCACAGGAAGUCACAAAGGCCCUCCAGAACCUGCCAGCAAUUUCUCAAACGAUGUCAACUAGCAAGCUUCGCGCUGCCCUUAUAGUUUCGAGACUCUGUUCUCCAGCUAGGCGCUCUCAGUGAGAGGGAGAUGACCAGCCCUAGAGCGCUUCUUACCCCCCCACCCCCAUCCUCACCAAGAGCACCCCAGCGCUCUCGAAGGCACAGCCCAGCUGUGUACCUGCCACUGUGUCCUCUGCACUUGCCACUCUUCUUACGUGCCUUCUGUCCAGGGUCUAAAAGGCAGGUAAAGCACUGAAUCAGAGACUGCCUAGUUAGAAGCAAUAAAGGUUUAGAAAUUGUGGUUUCUUAGCAUCUAGACAACCUUCAGUGUUUAUGGUUCCUGUCAUCAUCAUCAUCAUC